CGACCAUUUCCUGAAUCGUCAAAAAAAAAAAAAAAACCUCACGCUCCUCGUUUUCCUUUUCCUUAAUCGUAUGCUUCUGGUCUCCGUUGGUUUCUCAGUGACAGAGACGAAGACACAGCGCGCCAGAGACAGAGGGAGAGGGGAGGGGGAGCGGAAUUUCCAAUCGUCGGAUUGAAUUAAAGGAAGCGAAUUCAGAGAGGGAGGAAGAAGAUGAGUUCUGAACAGAACGAGGAGACGAGCUACCAGCCAUCGGACCCGAAGCUCUGCGUCAACAAUUGUGGGUUCUUCGGAAACGCGGCGACCAUGAACCUCUGCUCCAAGUGCCACAGAGACGGGUGCAUGAAGGAGGAGCAAGCGGCGUCGGCGAAGGUUGCCAUGGAGAAGUCUUUUAACCCUACAACACCGACAAAACCAGAGAUUAAUGAUCAGCCGGCGGGGGUCUUCGCCGCCGGAGUCGGACCCUCUUCAUCGUCAGCCUCGGCGAAUCUUGGGGAUGAUCGGGAACCGCAGCAACCAAAGGCGGCGAACCGGUGCCGGAGCUGUAACAAGAAGGUGGGGCUGACCGGGUUCAUCUGCAAGUGCGGGAUGACCUUCUGUGGGAUGCAUCGGUACCCGGAGAAGCACGAGUGUACUUUUGAUUUCAAGGCCAUCGGUCGGGACGCCAUUGCAAAGGCUAAUCCGGUGGUGAAGGCAGAUAAAGUGGAGAGGUUCUGAAAUCUGGUAGUAUUUGUUUAGGGGGAUGUUGGGAAAAGUGGAUUGCUUUUGGUUUUCUUGGAUUGCUUUGCUAGUGGGUUUGGAAGGUUGAUUCCAUAAUAAAAGUGGAUCACUGUAUUUGUUAGUUGCAGUUUGCUUUUCAUUGUUUGGGUUUCUUCUUUUGGUAAUGGCUAAGAAUCUUUUCCACA